AUGGAGACUACACCCACUCCCAACCCUCCCCAGCCCCCCAAGGUGUCCCCCAGUCCGAGGCUGAGCAUGCGCCAGGGUGCCAUAGCCCUGCGGGGUAUCGCCAGGUUCAUUCACUGUAUUCGAAAUAGACAACCGAUAUCUGGUGAAGCCGCAGGGACGAAAACUGGCAAGGGCAAGGGGAAACGAACUAGAAGAAUGGGAGAGAAGGAAACCUACAAGUGCUCCCCCAAGUUGAUGGAGAAGCUGCGGAAGGAGACACUGUUUACAAGGAACGAAAUCGAAGCAUUGUACAAAAUCUAUAAAAAGCUGGUUACGUUCAACAAAAGCACAUCCAAAUCGACGAAAUCUGCCAGUUCUAUUAUUACAACUGGUACAACAGUGUCUGAAGGCAUAGACAGGACAGUAUUCAGGGAAGUUCUUCACAAUACCUUCGACAUAAUAACGGAAAACAUGCUGAUGGACAGAAUUUUCUGCGUGUGGGACAAAAUAAACUGUGGACUAAUUUGUCUGGAGAAUUGGUUCCAAGGGAUGUCCUUGUUUCUUAAGGGCAAUACAGCCAAGCAAAUCGACUAUUGCUUUGCUGUUUAUGACUUGAACAGCGAUGGGUUUAUCACUAAAGAUGAAAUGUUCCAAUUAUUAAAAAACUGCCUUAUUAAGUUUCCCCAAGAAGAAGACCCAGAAGAAAGCGUAAGAGACUUGGUGGAUAUAGUCAUGAAGAAAAUGGACAAGGACAAAGAUGGUAAAGUCUGCUUGGAAGAUUACAGAGAAACGGUUUCUGGAGAACCACUCCUCCUCGAAGCUUUCGGAAGGUGUCUUCCAACUGAAGGUUCCAAAAUCACCUUCUUAACCACGUUGAGAUUUUAAAAUAAGCUUUUUAGAUUAUUCAAUGCAAACGCAACGAUAUCUCAGAGAUUUGAACUGUACAGGGUGUCCGACUAAUUGAAUAAACUGAGUUUUUACAAAAUUUUGCCUAGAUAAGG